AUGAAAAAUUUUAAAGAAUUUCAUGAAAAACUAAAUUUUAAGAUUUUAUUUGUUGGUGAUUCUGAAUCGGGAAAAACAUGCCUAAUUGAUAGAAUAAUUAAAAACUCAUUUAACAAAGAGCUAGAGAGUUAUAAAUUGCAAAUUAAUGUAUGGGACACACCAGGCUCGGCUGAUUGCGAUUCUAUCAGACCCCUGGCUUACGCCGAUACAGAUUUAGUCAUGUUGUGUUUUUCGGUCGUAUCACCUCAAUCCCUUGAAUCUCUUCGUACUAAAUGGAUCCCAGAAAUUAACUCCUAUUGCCCUCGUAUACCUUUAAUUCUCAUCGGUUGCAAAUCUGAUUUGAGACACGAUCCUAGCCUUAAGGACAAAACUGUUACCUAUUCUCAGGCAUCAAAUUUACACAAAUCUCUAAACGCGUUAACUUACAUCGAGACAUCGGCCGUUCUAAAUCUACUCAACUUUAGCACGCCUAACCCUGAAUCCUGCAAUGAAUUUUCCAAUUUUUACUCUAUGCCGUUGCAAUAUUGUCCAGAUCCGAUCUCCAUAUCCUUGCAAUACAUACUCACUGGUAUUCCCAAAAAAAUAUUGUUGACAAAGUUACAUCUCAAGGAAGGGGGUUCAAUUAUUUCUCAUUUUACUCCUGACAACGUAAAACAUAAAUAUGACAAACACGUGAAGCCCUUAAUUUGCAUGCCUAACCUUUUUCGUUUCAAAUUUUGGAGAUACAUUAGAAGGAAAGUUUGCAAAGAUCGUAACGAUAUUAUUAUGAUGCGCGAAGAAAAGGGGAACGAAAGCCCUAAAUGUUAACGCCUUUUACUAGAUUACCGGUCGCAUUUAAUCAUUUAUAAUCAAUCGAAUUUUUUAUUUUUAUAUAUAUAUAAAAAUAUACUUUUAUCGUAUUAUUUAAAUACUCUUUCGCGUG